UUAAAUUAAUUUACAGACACAGUGUCUCUCUAUGAAGUGGUGCUGGAUAUCAUACUUAUUUUUGAAAGCUGAUCGAUACAUCAGUCACUGCUCGCUGUGGCGGAUUACACAGCGUUAUUUAUAGCAAGUGCUUUUCAAAGUGAGAGCGCAACCUGCAGCACAUACAAGGGCAUAAACAUCUUGGUGUAAUUCUGCGUACGCUAUUCAAACACUUCAAAUCAUUGGUAGUUUGAUGACAUAAAAUCAAUCAUGCAGUGUCUAUACCUAAUAUGGAUAAUGAAAACGCAGUUAGUCCCAAACACGGCGUUUGAUAACCGAUUUGAUUACCAAAAAAGGUGCCGAAUUAUCAUUAUUGAUUCGUAACGUUAAAUGCUGGUUGAUUCAUACAGGGCAAUUUUUUAGCACACCUGUGACAAAUUUCCUCUUUAAAGAGACUUGUAUUUGCGACUGAGUAUAAAUAGUCCUGAAAUACAUCGCUAAAAGUUAUAUUUGACCGAAAAGCGAAUAGAGAGAGGGAAAACGUUUCAAAUUAAUUAAACUAUACACGUGCAAGUUUACAGCAAAAGUCAAAAUGUCUUCUGGAGUUAAAGUACUAGAGGAAUGCCUGACAGCCUAUAAUGACAUCAAAAAGAAUAAGAAAUAUGUUUAUGUCAUCUUUAAAAUCGUUGACCAUAAUGGCAAGGCGCUCUCCGCUAUUAGUGUAGAUCGUACUAGCUGUAGUACUGGCCAAAAAGAUCAGGAUGAACAAGGUAAGGCCUAUCAAGAAUUCCUUGAUUACUUAAGAGAUACAGAAGAAAAAAGAGAGUGCUGUUAUGCUCUUUUUGACUAUGGAUACACACAAGAAAAUUCAACAUGGAAGAAUUCUGUCAUUUUUUUCAGCUGGAAUCCUGAGAAUGCUAUAAUUAAACAGAAGAUGUUGUAUACAGCCAGUGUCAAAGACUUCGUUGCAAAGUUGGAAGGAAUUGGCAAGACCAUUCAAGCCAACUCAAUGGAUGAUGUGGCCGAAUCUACAGUAAAAGCCAAGUGUUUGAAGUCAUCACGUGCUACCUAAAGACAGACUGAUAAAAAGAAAACCCUUUUGAAGAAAGAAGAAGAUAGAAUGAUUUAAUUUAUAAUGAAAAGAAUAAUGAUUUUCACACUUACCAGGAAAGAUUCAAAUCAGUAGAGGGCAUGUGCAGUGUUUUUUCUUUAUAUGCCUUAUCAAUUCAUUUCAUUCUUAUUAACUGAAAUGUACAUUUGGAUGCCUUUAGGGGAGACCGGGGCUAGUUGGCCCAGUUAGACACUUUUUGCUUUGUAGAGCAAACUAGGAAUGAGUUGGAGUAACAAAACCGGUUUGAAAGUAAGCACCAUGAACUAAGCUACGUAUGUAUGCAACGUCAGUAUUUUUCAAAUAUAAUGCCAGAUGGCUCACAAUUUGACAAGAAACACAAGUGACGCCACAGGGCAAGUUUGCCCCAGGGUCGUGGCAAGUUGGCACCCUAUACGAAAAUCACAUGUAAAUACCUUGAAAUACAUUUUUAUACACUUUUAAUUUAUUAAAUUGAUUUUUGAGAGUCUUUGAUUAAUAAAUAGUUCAAAUGAGGCAGAUUUAUUGAGAUUUCUGUACGUCAUGUAUAUGUGUUGUUUUGUUUUAAUUAAGAAUAAAAUAAUAAUGGUAUAAAGUAGGUUUUAAAAAAAUGAAAAUGUAUA